ACAGGGCCGUCCCUCUGGCUGUCUGUGUCCUAAUCUCCUCCUCUAAGGACCCCUAUCAGACUGGGUCAGGGCCACCCUAAUGGCCACAGUUUAACUUCAUCACUUCUUAACCAUUCUAGCUCACAUUUGGAGGUGCUGCGGUCAGGACUUCAAUAUAUGGAUCUUGGGGACACAAUUCAGCCCGUAGGCAGGGCCUCUCUGUCCCCCAACCUCCCUCCAGCCCCAACCACAUGGCUCCCCAGGAUCCAAAUAUUCCCCUGACUCAAGGAGAUGGGCUCAGCCUGGUGCUUUUUUGGGCUCAAAUGAGUUUAGCUGGAACAUUUCUGGGGCAGCAGAGUCGGGUCCACGGCGGCGUGAGGCCCCCUCUGGCAUCAGUCCCAUGCAGCAGCCUGAUGAGUCCAGUCCAACUCCAGCAGUGGCCUGAGGGAGCUGGGGACAGGUGGGACUCAGCCUCACCUGCACGGGGCACAACGAGAGCCAUGGUGGCCUGGGGACCCCCGUGCAGCUCGAGGCCCCUUCAGUUGGCAGGGACUUGGCACUCCAUGGCCAUGGCGGCCAGUGACUUCUCCCUCCUGGAGACCAAGGAGGCCCCCCUGAGGAUCUACAUCAGCUCGCUGCAGCCCACCCCCGAGGGCAACCUGGAGAUUGUCCUGCGCAGAUGGUCACAGAAACGAAGCCCUUUCAGGGAGAGCAACCAGUGCAUUGAGGAGAAGAUCAUUGCAGAGAAAACCGAGAACCCCAUUGAGUUCAAGAUCAACUAUCUGGAUGAGAACAGGAUCUACCUGUUCAACACCGACGGCAGCAAAUAUUUGUUCCUCUGCCUGGAGAGCACCCCCAGGCAGAACCUGGCCUGCCAGUACCUGGUCAGGACCCUGGAGGUGGAUGACAAGGUCAUGGCGGAAUUCAUCAGCUUUCUCAAGACUCUGCCUGUGCACAUGCAGAUCUUCCUGGACAUGACCCAGGCAGAAGAACAGUGCCGCAUCUAGAUAAGCUCCUGCUCAGUCCUGCCUCCUGGGUCCCGGAGCCUCGGCCCCUGUGCGGACGGAGAGGAUGUCGCCUUCCUGGGAGGGACGAGGAGGCUGAUGACCAAGGCACAUUUCCUGGGACCCUGGGACCCUGGGACCUCCUGGGCCUCAGCCUGGGGUCUCCUGUCCUAAGCUGUCCCUCUCUGAGCAAUAAAUAACCUCGUCCCCUGA